AUGAUGGCCCACUCACACUUCCCCGCCACACCCAACGAGAAAGUGCCGGCGCUUUUCGGAUGCCCAUGCGUAUGGAGCCAUGUGCCGCUCUACGGCGAUGCCCAGCGACGGCGCCGCUACCACCACGCGCUGACGAAGCCCGACGCGCCGGGCAUGGUGCUGCGUCUGCCGUCCGAGAUCAUCCUCUGCGUCGUCGACGCCCUCUUCGACCUGUACGCCAAGGAGGUGUCCCUGGGCUACGAAAAGUACUGGGAGUCGUCGUGUCUCCCCUACGAGACGGACAUGAUGUGCCCCUUCUGCAUGCUCCCCCGCUUCGACGUCUGGCGAGACGUGGCGAACUUGGCGGCGACGUGCCGCGCGCUCUACGAGCUCGUCACCCCCGUGCUCUACCGCCGCGACGCGGAGAAGAACCACUCGUCGGCGCUGCUCAUCUCGGCCAAGAGGGGUAACCUCCGCGCCGUGAGGCUGGCGCUGGAGAACGGCGCCGACGCCGACGCCGACGACCACACGAUGCCGCUGCAGUGGACCAACGAGUGCUUCCGGUACUGCGAGCACUGCGAGUACCAGGUCUGGUGGCGGGAGCCGAGGAGGCUCGACAUGGGCGCGCUGCACUGGGCGGCGCUGUGCGGGCGGCCAGACGUCCUCGAGCUCCUCCUGCGUCACGGCCGAGACGGCGGCGGCGUAUCCCCGGACAAGAGGGCCAUGGUAUACCCCGGGCUGGACGCCGGGAACUUCGGUUCCCUGCGGUACGUGGAGGAUUACUGCGACGAGUACAACGCCAGCUUCCCCUGCGUGGCGUUGCAGACGACCAUGGGCUACAACCCCGUGAGCGGCGAGGGCGCCAACGCGCUGUACUUUUUGCUGGGGACGAGCAGGCUGAGGGACCCGGGCGAGACGCUGGCGAUGGCGCGGUUGCUCGUCGAGGCUGGCUCUUCGCUCCUGACGCACAAGUCGGCCGGCCUCCACGCGCUUCACCAGGCCGCCGCGUACGACAACGUCGAGGUGACGAGAUUCCUACUGGGGGAGAUGAAGACCGACCCGGACGUCCCGGACGCCGCCGGCAACACGCCGCUCCACCACCACAUCGACUCGAGGUUCAGGGUCGAGGGGGCCGCCAAGGACACGAGGACGCUGGCGGUGCUGCUCGGGCACGGCGCGGACCCGAACCUGCGGAACGCGGACGGCCUGUCGCCGCUGGACCUGUGUCUGUUCACGACGCUGCUGGGCGGGGACAGGAUGAGGCUAUCGGUGAUGCUGGCGCGGAACGGGGCGACGUUGAGGGAUCGGGACUUGGGGCUCCACGCGGCGCGGCUGACGGGCGAGCAGCGCGGGGAGCUCAACGCGGCGUUCCGGGAGGCGAGGAUAUCGGGGAAAAGCGAAUGGGACGGGAGCAUUUGA